AUGCCCGUGGGCGGCGCCGCUGUCCGGGCGCUGGUGCUGAAGCCGCGGCGGCGGCGGCGGCGGCGGCGGCGGCGGGGAGCUUUUGCGCAUGCCUGGCAGGGAGAGGCCACAGAGGCCCGGCUCCGGCUCCGGCUCCGGCUCGGCUCCCUCGGUUUCUGGCUCCCCUGGGGCUGCUCUGGAACUCUCGUGCUGCCUGCCAUGCACUCAGCUGGGCCUCAGCGGGCCGAGUCCCACCUGAGCAAGCAGCAGGAGAAGGAUGCGGAGCUGGACCGCAGGAUCGCUGCCCUCCGCAAGAAGAACCAGGCCUUGCUCCGCAGGUACCAGGAGAUCCAGGAAGACCAGAGGCUGGCAGAGCAGGGGGGUACGGCCGGAUCCCCUACUGAGCAGCUCCAGCCUGAUGGCCUCACCAUCACCAUCAGCCAGGUUCCAGGCAGGAAGCGGGUGGUCAGCCAGAACUGGGUGCGCCGCCUGCCCGGACCAGGAGCGGCCGAGGACAGUCUGGAGGAUGACGAGGCGGCGGGCCCAGCCGGGGCUUUCUGCUUGGGCGAGCGGGUGGAGCUGGCGGUGACGAUGGAGAACAAAGCCAAGGCCAAGCGGAUUGUCAGUGAGAAGCCUCUGGGAGCCCGGAGCCAGGGCACUUGGGGCCAGACUCAGCCAGCCAGCAGCUCAGCCUCAGCCCGGAAGGCUGCUCGGGAACCCUGGAGUCCGGGCCAGGGCGCAGGCCUGGGGUCCGGCAGGAGCCCCCCAGAGGUGGGCUGGGACUACGCCCAAUGGAAGCAGGAGCGGGAGCAGAUCGACCAGGCGCGCCUGGCACGGCACAAGGACGCGCACGGAGAAUGGCGCCGCCCGUGGGAUCUGGAUAAGGCCGCGCCCAUGGCACAGCACUUCAGCAAGCCUCGGGAAGAGGGCCUGGCCAGGGCGGGCAGCGCCAGGGGUCCUAGGAGCCCCCGAAAGCUUCAGCCCUCACUCUCGCCCCCUGGUGGCAAAGGUGGCACUCCUCGGGGUGGGCAAGCCGGCAGACCCUCUGGGGCAGCAGCCCCCCGCAACAAGGCCUGGGGGAUGGAAAGGCUGACGGGUAGAGCCCGCAGGUGGGACGCGAAGGAAGACAAAGAGCCCGAGAGCCAGGAGAGAGGCCAGAGCAGAAACUCGGAGGAUGAGAAGGUCAAGCCUCAGAAGCCGGGUGGGCCCCCGGGGCCAAAGCCAGGCAGCCCCCCCAGCCCUUGCCCGGCUUCCACAGAGGGGCCAAAGGAGGAGUCAGCAGCCUCGCCGGCCACCGCAGUCCCUCUCUCGCCACCACGCACUGACCUGGCUCCCCUCGAUCUUUCUCUCGGAGGGGCCAGUAGCCUUGGGUCCAGGGAGAGCAUGAGUGUGCUUGGUCCUAAGCCGGGGGCCCAGGAGAGCCCCGUGACCCAGCCUGGGGGUUCCGAGCAGCCCUCUGGGUCGAGCGUUGCCCCAACCAGGCCCGAAGUCCAAACUUGCUCUGAGUCACCAAGGGGAUCGGGGUCCCCUGAGACCAGAUCGGACAGCCAGGCUGACGCCCAGCAGGGCCUGGCACCCCGAAACCGGCCCACCAGAGGGUCUGGGCAAAGGACAAGGGGCACGGAACGGGGGAGAAGCAGGACGGGAGGUCCUGGCCACGCAGGGAGGUGCUGA